CCCAUUGUCAUCAUUUCAAUUACCUAGCAAAUUUUUUAUUUCCCUUCAAGCAAAACAACUUGAGAGAUGGCUUCAAUUGGUUUCAAUGCUCAACAAAUCAUCCUCUUGGUUGCUUUAGGUGCUUCUCUUUUGACUGUCACUCGAGCUGCGACGGUGAUCGUCGGAGGCUCUGAAAACUGGCGUUAUGGCUACAAUUACACCGAAUGGGCGGCCAACACUGCACCUUUUUACUUCCAUGACACCUUAGUGUUCAAAUACGAAAACAGCACCCCACCACACAGUGUUUACUUGCUGCCAAACUUGUGGAGUUACUCGACCUGCGAUUUCAGCAAAGCAAAGCUAUUGGCUAAUCCAACACAAGUGAAAGGUGAUGGGUUCGAAUUUGUGCUGAAUCAAUGGAGGGUUUUCUAUUUUGCUUCCGGUGAAGCUAAUGAUUGUAAAGAAGGGUUGAUGAAGAUGGUUAUUGUCCCUUGGCCACGUUUUUAAAAAAAGAAUAUCAUGUGAUAUAUAUGGAUAGAUAUUAUUGUGUCUUUUAUUAGAAUGUUUCAAUCAUUGGGGAGAGGAUGAUAUAUCAACCAUGAUUGAAUAUAUAUAAUAAAUUGAGGGUUUUAUCAUUGGGAAUAAAAUUGUUGUAUGUUUAGUAUGCAUUUUGUUUUUGCUUUAUAUUAAUGUACUUUAUAAGUGGUGAAGUAUUGGUGUAUGUUUUUUGUUAAACAAAAGGAAUUGAGUUUCUUUUUCCUCUUUGAAUGCAA